AUGGAGAAAGAUAAACAAGAGUACAAUCCCUAUGAACAUCGGACUGUUGAAAAACCCAGCUCGGAUAUCCGAGCCACUGCGAAUAUUAUCAAAGCCUCCUUGGGUUCGGGACUGCUGGCCGGACCCUUAGCCUUUUCAAACUCGGGCUGGGGAGUUGGACUUCUAGGCACGUUUGCAAUAGGAAUUAUUUGUGGUCACUGCGUUCACAUACUAGUUAAAACAUCGUAUGGAUGUUGUAAGUUAGAACGCAAACCGCUCCUGGGUUACGCAGAGACCUGUAAAUCCGCCUUCGCAAAUGGACCAAAAUUUAUAAGACCAUAUGCCAAUGUUGCAAGCAUAUUUGCAGAACUGGCAAUGUUAUGUACGUAUGUAGGCGUUUGCUGUAUUUACACCGUCCUUAUAUCGGAUUCUAUAAAGCAGCUGAUUGAUAGAUACGUGCCAAGUUUUAACCUGUCCGUGGAAUAUUACUGUCUGAUCAUAUUGAUACCGCUAUGUUUACUAUGUCAAGUCAGAUAUUUGAAAUGGCUAGCAAUUUUCUCAAUAUUAGCAAACUUAUUUUUGUUUCUUACUUAUUUAAUCUGCUUUUACUAUAUAUUUCGAAGUCCCCUGUCUUUUGAAGGAAGGACAGCUGCUGGCGACCCAUCAAGGUUUCCCGCAUUUCUUUCGACAGUAAUCUUCGCGAUGGAAGGAAUCGGCGUAGUGAUGCCAGUUGAAAACGCCAUGAAGAAGCCCCAACACUUUCUUGGUUGUCCCAGUGUCCUUGUGGUGGCGAUGACAGCUAUUGUCUUUUUCUAUAGCACUCUGGGGUUCUUCGGAUAUUUGAGAUACGGCGACGUUUUGAGAGGAUCCAUUACUCUAAACCUUCCUAUUGAAGAUUGGCCAGCCAUCUGUGCGAAAAUAUUCAUAGCGCUAUCAAUUUUCUUUACAUAUCCGUUGCAGUUUUACGUAGUCUAUGACAUAUUCAAAAAGUAUACAGAUGUUUAUAUAAAAGAUAAUUAUAAAAACAUCACUGAUAUUUCAGCAAGAACUUUGGGUGUCUGUUUUUGUGUUGGAAUCGGUAUCGCAUUACCAUUGCUGGAACAAAUUAUUAACAUUGUUGGAUCGUGUUUCUAUUCAAUCCUCGGUCUUAUAAUACCAGGCGUCGUAGAAACUGCUUUUCGUUGGGGAGACUUGGGAAAAUUAAAAUGGAUUAUGUGGAAAAAUAUUUUAAUCAUUCUUUUUGGUCUCACUGCCUUAGUGUCCGGAUGCACGGUUACCAUUAUGGACAUCAUACAGAUCCUAAGAAAAAAAAAUGAAUAA